AUGGAGAACCGUGUAGAACAAUAUUACAGAGAAUCACCUUCUGUGCAACGUAUAAAGAAGAGAGUAAGGUUUACAAAUAUUCCGUUAGAUGUUUCUGAUUUUGUCAUUGAAGAUAUGAUUAAAGAAUUUCCUCAACCCAUUUAUUCCAAAUUUUAUGAUACGAAAGAUUCGAGAAUAUUUAUAGUCGAAUUUGGGGAUCCCACCGUUAUGGAUAAAGUCAUUGAAAAAUAUAAUGCGACUGAAUUGAAUGGUAGCACAAUUACUGUGGAAAUGUACGAGCAAUUACCUUUAAAGGGAAGAAAACAACGUUCCAAUAAUCGUGAAAAGAACCCAAGAAGCAAACGAAAUGGUGAUAGAUUUUCUGGAAACCGUGGGAGUCGUGGCAGCCAUUAUAAAUCCCAUUAUAGUUCAAGUUCUCAAGAUGAUCAACGUUCCUUUACUGAAAAGAAGACAGUUGAAGAUUUAGAUGCUGAAUUAGAUGCAUACAUGAAUAGCUGA